AAUGUGCGGAUACUCGUGUUUUCACAGCUUUCUAUAUAAAACUUCCCAUUAAAUUCCAUGUAGAAUUGAAGCAGGUCGACAUAUCUUAUACACCAUUCUUGCAAAUUUUAUAUUGAGGCUGUCAACAUAUGUGGGAAACUUCAACAAGAAAAGUGUUGCCGUUGCGCAAUAAUUUCGUCAUGGAUUUACUCGAAAAUAAAUAACAUCCUUACUUUAAUUAAUGAAUUUCAAGAAAAUGGCACAUUUCUGCAACUUAAUUACACUUCAUGCUAAGCACGUGUAAACGAAGAAAGUUUUUGUAAACGUAAAUACAUCAGAGUGUUUUUGGACAAUGGUUAAUUUUCGCAAUAAUUCGGGCAACAGAAGAGGAGGGAAUUAUAACAAUAAUUCCGACAAGAGUAACAGAAGUCAGAAAUUGAGCAACAAAAAACGCAGAGCUAGGCGUCCACAAAAUUCAUUGUACAAUAAACCAUUCAAAGGAAGCCGAGGAAGUCGAGGAAAUAGCUACGACAAAAAAUUUGAAAAAUUUGUGGAUACACAACAUCGGGAUCGAGAACGAGACUAUCAAAUGAACUGGCGUUAUAAUAACAAUGCACCCCAAAAUAAUGUAUUCUUCAGCCAGGAGAGCAUGCACUCUAAUAAUAAUAUGACAAGGAAUGAGCAAUCGACUGAAAUUGAACAAAAAGAUGUUGCUCUUGUUUCUUUGUCUCCACAAAAAAAAGAAGAAAAGAGGGACAUCGAAGUAGAUACAAUGAAUAUACGUACACUUGGGGAUGAUGCCGUUGAAAAUAUGAAAACUGGAAAUUCGAAUUUGUCGUUAAACAUACAGGGAGAGCAGCCACAAAUUAAAGUUGAAAGUAGAAGUGAGACGUCUUCAUCAAGUUCCUCUUCAAGUGAUUCUUCCUUCGAAGAAGAGCAGUUUUCAAAAUCACAAAUAAAACCUCCAUCAUCCCCUGUAAAUACGUCCACAGUAAAGGGCAGAGAUUUUCAAGGAAAAGAUAAAUCCAGGGAUCUCGAGUUGUGCAACAAAGUGCCUUCUUCCUCAAGUUCGGACGAAAGCCUAUCUACAUCAUCGCUAAAAAAGUCGCGAAUGCCUAAAAAACAAGAAAUUUCGGAACCAAAACUGAAAUCGGGGUCGUCGUUUUUUGGAGAGCAAAGUGACGACGAUGUAGUGUGCAUGGGACAUUUAAACAACCAAAUUGAUUUAGACGAUGAAGAAGAGAGUGAUAGUAAAAGGCCAUCCAAGAAGAGCAAGAAAUCUAAAAAAGAUUCACCUUGUUCUGAGCAAUGUAAGCUUUGUGAUAAGGAGGGUCAUACUUCAUUUCAAUGCCAAAUGAUAUGUAAAAACUGUUCAACACCAUACCAUGGUUUCCGCACGUGUCCACAGCCCCCUAAUUUAAACACCAUGUUGCAUAUAUUUAUGGAAUUUUGCAUGCAACAAUUACAACACUUUCAGCCCAAUUCGGAAGCCUCUUUACAACAGAUUCAACAUUUAUUAAAUAACGGAUCUCCAACCGUUCCAAUACCUUUGGUUAGCAAGCCUGCGAUGUAUGUGAAUUCUGCCAACAAAAGGAAAUUGAAAAAAUCUGCCGCAAUAGAAAAGCAAGCUGCUAAGAAACCUAAAAUCAAAUUGAAAGCCGGCACAAUUCGUAAUGAUGAAAGCGAACUUAACGGGAGCAAUACUUGCAGUUCCUCCAGCUCAGACAGUAGUAUGUCGAAGGCCUCCUCGAAAUUAAGCAGAAAACACAUAAAAACGUUGAGAAAUGAAAUAGGUUGUUUGAACUUCCCUAAUUUUUUAUCUGCGCCUGCUAACUACUUGAAUUUACUCAACAGUGUCCCAAAUUUUUCCGUUAGUAGUUCCUCGCCUCCUAGCGCCUACAAUCCAAUGUUAUUGCAACAAAUGUUUCAAAAUUCAUUUGGAUUUUUAAAGAAUAAAUAGCUUUCUUAUUUUGUAAAAC